CUGGCACAACAAUCAAGGCGAACUGCACAUGACCCAAGACGACAAGCGACCUAAUACGGCUGGAGGCGCGACUCGCAAACCGCCAGGCAGCCAGUUCACCCCCGCGGGGGGUCCACGGCCGGGCUCGGCUGCGGAUGCCGUGUCGCCUGUGGGGGAGGAUUGGGCAAGUCCGUUGGCAGCACCCCCUCCUCCAUCCACGUCUGGCCACUUGAAAAUUGCCGACAUUGUGAGUCGGAACCGCCGCAAAAUGAGUUCGAGCGCCGACUUGAUCAAGGACUUUGAAGGCGCGAUCCGAAAGGUUGUAGACGGGAAGCGCUCAGAAUGCGACAAACUCAAGUACACGGUCGAAAAGAAGCGCGACGAGCUGGACAAACUAAAGCUGGCCCUGCAGGAUCUAAGGGCCGACUGCGCAGCCUUGGGCAUGAACGAGUUCCCUGACCCGUCGGACCGGUUGGAGUCCAUCUCAUCCGUGAGCCGACGGCCGUUGUAUGCGAAAAAGACGAACAUUCGGGCGCUGGAAGAGCAAUUGAGACUCAAAGGCGUCGACACGAUCGCCGUGAUGCGGAAAACCCUCACGUAUGAACACAUCAAGAAGCGCCACGAGGGGGAGAAAGCGUGGUUGAUUCAAUCCAAGGCGGAUUUGACCAUCGAAUUGCGAGAAAAACAGCAGCGUCUGCAGGAAUACCACCGCGUCGAGUUGUCUGCUAGUGAAGCUCUGAACCAAGUGCAGACCCGGCUUGUUCAAUUGAAAGCCGACAUUGCCGCGGAAAUUCGAUUGUACGAGACCGAGCUGCACCUUCGCCAGCGAUGGGUCAAGGAAAAGGCCAAAUUCGAAGCAUUUUAUGCCAAACAAGUAGCCGACGCGGCAGUGACACCUGCUGCGUCAGCGUGCCUUCACAAUGUGAAUACCUCCAUUGACAAACGAAAACUACAGGUCGAUCGAAAGCAACCCUCCAAGCACUGGACAAAAGCGCUGACCGCCGUCGAGUACGAAGUCGCUACCCGCGAAGAACGGCAGCAUAAAGACGCGUUUUGGCGCCUGGGGGUACCUGGGGGCGUCGUGAAUCCCACCCAGAUCAUUGCCAUGUGCAGCACCCACGCCAGUUUAAAACAAGAACUGCAACUUCGGCAAGCCGAACAAGAGCAAAUUCUAGCCGCGACCAAGACGCGCAUUGACGAAGUAAAAGCGGAACUGCAACAGUCCCAAUUGGGUAGUGUACGGUCCAGCGACCGCGACCUCCACGACGCACAAGCCGAACUGGCCGUGGCCGAGAAACUGCUCCACAAAGCCAGGGAGGAGUACGAGUACAUGCAGCAAGUGCUUGAACCAGUCAAAGCCGGCAUUCAGCAGAUCGUGGCCCAGGUGAUUGGAAAGAAAGUCGACACGGACAACAUCCACGCCAUAGAAAACGCUUUGCACAUGGUCGAAAAGGAGUUGCUGAUCAUCGUGCCCGACUUGACCGCGCCAUCCAACGACGAGUCCACGUCCAACAACGGCCUUGGGGGAACUAGCCCCACACCGCAUCCCGCAGCACCAUCUCCCCUUACGACCCUCGCCCCCGGCGACGUUACGUCCAAGUACAACGUUCGCAUUCGCCCAAAAGAACAUAUGCAAAAAAACGGUACGGUGGCAACUCCUGGUGGCGAGUCGUCGACCGAACGGGUUCAAACAAAGAAAGCCAGAGACAAAGCGGCAGGGAUUUUGGAGGACGGGGACAGUGUCAUCAUGGACCGCGCCACUGUCAAGCAGCUCGCGUCAACGAUGACGACGCAGCACGCGGCCAAGAAAAAGAAAGGCUAAGGCUUAAAAAAUAGUUUUCUUUAUCCGUCAAAGGUUAUGUUGUUUUGGUCGUCGAGGGGGGGGUAUAGAAUCGAGCGUAUUCGCUGUGAUAGUUGCUCAAACACACACGGGAGCAAAACGAGUGCUUGGACAUUGCGUCUUGCACCACCGAUCCGGCUUUGUACAGACGGUAGCAUUGCCAGCAACUGGCCUUGGCUUCCACGGGGCUGCCUGUGCUCGCCGUCGCUUGCUCUGGGCGUUCGUGUUGUUGCUGUGUUGAGUUGCCCCGCCACGCCUGCAACGCCGCGAGAAAGUUGGCGUGACUCUGCUCUUCGUCAAAGUGUCCCCCCAACAGCUCCCCCCCUUGAACGGACAGGGGCUCGGAACACUCUGCGAGCGGAUUCGUCCAGAACCCUGUGUCGUCCUUGCCCUGGUCGUCCGCAUUCUGCUGAUCGGUCGCCCGCCAAUCCAACAAUGCAUUCAUAAACGACGCGUGGCUGUCGUCUUCGUUAAAGUCCCCGUCCGCCAAGUUUACGGGCACAUCGCCUGAGGGGUUGGCGACGCCCGUGUCGGCUAGCGGCGUCAGUUGCGACCAGUGCGCUACCUUUUUAGACGGCACAACCACCGGAGCGUCGUGCAGCUUGUCGUCCAAGACUUCUCGCUGGGGGGCUGCUAGUGCUGGUGAUUGGAUGUGCCUGUGUUGAUUGGAUGGGGAGGCAGUACCACUACUGCGCUUGAGCUGUUCAAUGUGUUGGAGCAAAAGUUUUCGGUCACUCGGAUCGGUCACGUGGAGGUAGUCUAAGUCGGCAGGGGUGAGGUCCAGAAGCACUGAUCCGCUCACUUCGUUGAACUCGAAUGUGGUCGCGUGGUGACCAAGGUGAAUAGAGGCCAGCCAGUCGGUCACUUGCGGCACCCCCCAGUCGCCGACCUUGGGGCGACUCGCCGCGGCAUAGCUUUCCCCCUUCUUUUUCUUUUUUGAUUUUGUCGAAGGGGUUUUGGUUUUGACGUCUUGGGCGUAUUGCCGGACACUGCCCCGGUCCUCCCUCGCACUACGCCAUCGGUUCCCGCCUUUCAUCUUGGAUUUGUCCUUGUCCCGCUGCUCUUGCUGUUGAGCCAUGCCCAUUUUCACAUGCUUCAGCUGGGCCUCCAUCGCCGACGCUUCAUGUUCGAGCCGCUCGGACUCUUUCACCUUGUACCCGUGUUGUCCCGGCAGGGGCUUGGCUUUGCCAAACAGCCCUGGCACGGCCUUUUCCUUCAUGGUGCAAACGACUGACUUGGACGGCGACGGAGCUCUCGACGCCGACUCGAUUUUGCAGACGUCCAGAAAUAGGUCGAAAACCGCCGUGGUAUGGCCAUUUCGCUCACUCAACUGUAAUGAAAAAGCGAAUUGGAAGUAUGUAAAAUAGGUGGUAGAGCGGCAGGAUGUAGUGCUUGCUGCAGAGGAUGGAUACGUAGAGCAUGAGUCGUGAAUAACGUUACUCAAAGAAGACUUAACUCUUGGAAAAGCGAGUCCUGCUCCUAGUAUCUUGUAGGUCGUGCUCGUAGUGGCAAUGAUUAACAGCGUCCGGGCCAUAAUAGCAAGCACGUAAUGUCCUCUUAACAUAUCUACGUGUGGUACUCGUAUUCGUGGUAAUCACUUGACGGUUGUCCUCGAACUUCGUGGCGCACUGCCGCAAGCACUUGCCGCUUCCGAUCUGACAGUGCCAAGGCUUCUACAACCCAAGAGGUGGCUGCUGCUGCUGUGUGUCCGACUUGCCGAAGCGCUGCUUCUUGCUGCCCGAUGAGUUUCUCGAGUUCAUCCAGCAACGAAUGCAGAGGGUGUGGCAAGCUCCUCGGUGGAGCAAACAAGGGAAUCACAGGCACCCCCGAGUCUGGCUCGUCCAUGGAAAAGCGUCGUCGGCUAUACCGAUGCGAUGUCUUGUCUGUGGUCGAAGUGGGCAUGGAAUGCAGUAGAAACGGCAUCACUUCGUCCAUGAGUUCGAUGGCUUCGCACGUGGGGCGUUUCGAUGGGUCCGGGUGCACCAGUUGCUUGACCACGGCAGCAAUUUCUGGAGGCACGCAGGAUGGAACAACGCCGUGGGGUGAGCGGACCUCCAUCAGAGUCACGUGUUUCUCCAUUUGCGUGGAAAAGUUGCAGAACAACUCGCACAACACGAGGCCGAGACUGAACACGUCCGACUUGGUGCUGCAUACAUCGCCCCGGGUUUGCUCUGGACUGCUGUACAAUGGGGUGCCCACGCCUGCCAAGGACGACUCGAGGAGGCGGCUGUCGGUGGCUAAGCCAAAGUCGCCGAUCUUGACACAUGCGUCCAGCGUCAGAAAGAUGUUGGCAGGCUUGAUGUCUCGAUGGAUAAGGCCCUGACCGUGAAUAUACUUGAGGCCAGACACGAUUUGCUGAAAGAUGGUCAAGUUGGCGUUCACGUCGAUGGACUGCCGCUCUACGAGCCAAUGCUGCAGUGAAUUGCCAUGGUACAGUGCCAUUUGGAUGUACACGUCCAUUUGAAGCGACAGGUUGGAGCGCGGAGAGGUUAAUCUGGUGGGGGGGUCUGCCAACUCUUUUUUGACAGGGGGCACUGGGGAAACAGGGAUCUGUGGCGUCGGUGGCGGCAGCAACACUUCGUCGACUCCGUUGGUACUGGUUCGAUCAAAUGAGAAGCCACACAUCGACGACGAUACUGAUGCCACCGAAUCGAACGAGGGCGCUCCUUCCACGUGCAAGAUUGUCUGAUUCGGAGCAAACGGUUUGUGUUUGUCGGACCACCCAAACGAAUCGUCCGAGUUGUCCAUGUUGGCGGUGCUGCUUUUGGCCGAGUCGGGCCGACCGGUGGACACGAGUUUGCCGAAGAUCCACGUGUUGAAGUACCGACACACGUGUUCGUGGUCGAGGCCAGCGAGCAAAUGCACCUCGCGGAGGAUGGUUUCUCGGAUUUCGUUGGGGUUGAAGAUGGCUUUGGGGGUGAAAUGCACCUGCUCGACUUUGACGGCAUACUGUCGGUUGUCGAUCUUGGAGCGACACUUGAACACUUUGCCAAAACCGCCCUCCGCCACGAGCAUAUGCUCGACAAAAUCGGUCUCGAAUGGAUUCUGCCGCCCAAACGGGUACAUGUCGUUCGCCGUGAAUGACGACGAAUAUGACGGAACCUUCAUCGGGCUGUGCGAUGCCCCGAACAAGAGGGACUUGGCCGUCUGCUUGUUCAUGGGCGACGACACGCUUCGCUCCAACGCCAGUUUGUCCAGCGGCAGCAGAGGCGUGUCUAUGAACGGACCACCCGACACACUUGGGCGACGCAUGUAUUCGACGUGACAAAACGACGGUUUCAAAAUCGGAAGUUUCC